AUAUAUAUAUAUAUAUAUAUUAUCCGAUCCCAAUACCCCGAAGUCGCGAGCUAGAUUCCCUAUCGAUUCGAGGCUAGAAUAAUUUUUGCCGCGAUCGCCGACCUGAUUGAGUGGCUCGCUACGUCAUACCCCCCACGCGCUUACGAGUUUUAUACGGGAUUUUAACACGCGAGGUGGCGAAAUAAUUUUUAGCCAGUCCCGAUUUACGUGUGUACGAAAUCGCUUCGUCGCGUCCCCGUGCCGUCGUUCGGGCGUUCAAAAAGUUUAAAAUGGCAAAUGAAGUACAAAAUUUGUUAAAAGAAAGACAGAAGAUUAGACUUUACAUAUAAACAUUAAAAAAUAUUUUGUAAUAAAUAGAAGUGUGAAGUGUGACAGUUGAAACACAAUGUUUGCUCUAGCUGUAGAUUACAGAGCUCACUUGAGUUACGUCAGUGAUAGCAAAGCACAAAAGGAAGCUCUUUCUAAGCAAAGGAAGUUCACAGAUCAAAGGAAUAAAUUCCCGGUGCACCUAGAGAUCCAGUUUCUAAUUUUUCUCGAAUAUGCAUAUAGCGUUAAAUACACGGAAUGGUACGGACACUCAGCGGUUAAACCAGUGCCUGCCUAUAUCUGUCGUUACACCCACGAGCUAACUAUUCUUAGCAUCAAUAAGUGCGUGUUCCUUCUGGAUGUAGUGCUGAAUCAAUGUUACUUGGAGUUUUUGAUCCUGAAUAAAAUGAUGGCUACGCCACUGCCGGAAGGAGGCUGUGCGAGCUCUGGUUGUAAAUGA